CUUUGAUUUUGCAUACUGGAGGACAUUCGGCACCAUGAAGUCGGUCUUGCCUCACAUUGCCGUGGUGCUUUUUUCUCUCUCUUGGGCCGUCCACGGCCAGGGCUAUAAUGUAAAUAGCGGAAAUUUUCCUCCGCUACCAACUGCCAGGACGACCCCAUUCCCUAGAUCCGGUUUAACUACCAAGCAAUAUUAUUACGACCAAAGGGCCCCUGCCGGUGCCGCUCAUGCCAUCACCGACAGUCCGUUGGCUGGAAAACAUCUACCUGCAAACACUGUUUCUGCGGUCCACGGAUCUGAAUGCACAAUUUUCAGUGACGCCUACCCUGACCAGUACCUGACGAUGGCCUCCGGCUACUUCCACUACUACCCUGAGCUGAAAAAGGGCAACCCGAAGGCAGUUGCCGGCAGCUGGGACUGGACAGGUGUUUGGAAGAUCACCUAUCUCACUGUCCAGGGCCGCACGCACUUCCAACUUUUCAACCUGGGCACCAACAACUACCUGACCUUCAACGAAACUAAACACGAAUUCGUCAGAGGCACCACCAAAGCCGAUUACGUGGCCAACCUGUGGGACAUCACCGAGCACUUCAAAGCGGGCGGCCCCUCUUACAAGACCAUCCAGCACUCGCAGCCACCCAAAGGGUACCUGCACGCCCUGACCAGUAACAAGAAGUCUGACACCAGGCCUGUUGGAAUUUUGGCGCUGCAGCCUGGCAAGGACAUUUAUCACUGGAAGGUUACUUGUGGAACGUAAAAUGAUCUUUCAGAAGGAAAAACAAAAAUUGUAGUCAAAAUUUUUAAAUAAAAUUGAAAUUUUUUUAUAAUUAAA